AUGGGACAAAAAAUAAAUCCACUUGGUUUCAGACUUGGUACAACCCAAAGUCAUUAUUCCCUUUGGUUUUCACAACCAAAAAACUACUCAGAGGGUCUACAAGAAGAUCAAAAAAUAAGGGAUUGUAUCAAAAAUUAUAUACAAAAAAAUACAAAAACAUCCUCAGGUGUCGAAGGAAUUGCACGUAUCGAAAUUCAAAAAAGAAUCGAUUUGAUACAGGUGAUAAUUCAUAUGGGAUUCCCGAAGUUAUUAAUAGAAAAUAGACCAAAAGGGGUUGAAGACUUAAAAAUAAAUGUCCAAAAAGAAUUGAAUUGUGUGAACCGAAAACUGAACAUUGCUAUUACAAGAAUUGCAAAGCCUUAUGGAGACCCUAAUAUUCUUGCCGAAUUUAUAGCCGGACAACUAAAGAGUAGGGUAUCAUUUCGAAAAGCAAUGAAAAAAGCUAUCGAAUUAACUGAACAAGCUGAUACAAAAGGAAUUCAAAUACAAAUUGCAGGCCGUAUCGAUGGAAAAGAAAUUGCACGUAUCGAAUGGAUAAGAGAGGGUAGGGUUCCCCUACAAACCAUUCAUGCGAAAAUUGAUUAUUGUGCCUAUACCGUUCGAACUAUCUAUGGGGUAUUGGGUAUCAAAAUUUGGAUAUUUAUAGACGAAGAAUAAAAAACCUUUAGUUGACUUGUCUUUCUGUUUCGAUGGAACGAUGGAACAAAAAAAUGGCAACCCUUUUUGAUUCUUUUUUCCAUCCAAUCAAUUCUAAUUUUUAAUCCCAUAAGGUUUAAUAAAAAUAAAAUUUACCUUUUGAUAUAAUUGCUAUGCUUAGUGUGUGACUCGUUGGUUUUUGUUAAAAUUAAGACUAAAAAAAGAAAGUUAAAGUUAUAGUACCAAGUAUGAACUAAAAA